AUGGAAUAUUCGAAUUCGUGUAGAUCAUUUCUAUCUACAGGUUCAGAGAAAUUAUAUGAUCCAAAGAGUAGGUUUCUAGAACAGUCGUCCAGAAUACUCCAAAAAAUUUAUAAAAUAUUCCGACAAAUUGUAUUAAGUUUUUUUGGAAUUGGAAUUCCGAUAAUAAUUGGAAAUUUGUUUAUUGGAAGAACUCUCGU